AUGUCCCAUCUUCACCAGACACUCUCCUCGAACCAGGCGCCCUCAACGGUCGAGUAUGGAGGAGAUGAGAUCUCUGCCAUUGUGCUAGACCCAGGCACAGCGUGGACCCGCGCUGGCUUUGCCGGUGAAGACACACCCAAGAGCGUCAUUCCCAGCGACUACGGAGUCAUCGAUGCCGUCGGCGACGAGCCCCGCAAGCUGUUCAUCGGCGACAACGACGUCCACGCGAUACGGCCUGGCAUGGAGAUCCGGAAUCCCAUGAGCGACGGCAUAGUUUCGGACUGGGACACAGCGCCGCUUCUCUGGCGCGCAGCCAUCACCUCCCGCCUGACCACAACCCUCGCCGAGCACCCCCUCCUCAUGACCGAGCCCUCCUGGAACCCGCCCAAGAACCGCGAAAAGACCAUCGAGAUCGCCUUCGAGGACUUCGACGUUCCCGCCUUCUACCUCGCCAAAUCCGGCGUCUGCGCCGGCUUCGCCUCCGGAAAAGCCACGGGCCUCGUCAUCGACGUCGGCGCAUCCAACAUCUCCAUCACGCCCAUCCACGACGGCCUCGUCCUGCGCAAGGGCUGCACUCGCUCCCCGCUCGGCGGUUCCUUCCUCUCUGACCAGAUCCGCGCCUACUUUGCCUCCGCCGCCAUCCCGCUCACCGCGCACUACCAGGUGCUGUCGAAGAAUGCAGUCGAGGCGUGGAAGCCCGCCGACGCAGUCUACAAGACCUUUGCACCUGGCCAGGAGCCAACGGACUCCUACAAGCGCUUCCAGGAGGAGCGCGUCCUCACCGAGUUCAAGGAGUACACCGCGCAAGUGUGGACCGGCCCGGGGCCCCUCCCGCCCUCUACGGGCGCACACGACGCUGCGACGUCCCUCCUCUCGACGACAGGCCGCCCGUUUGAGUUCCCAGACGGCUACAACCUCGUCUUCAACUCGGAGCGCCACCGCGUCGCGGAGGGGAUCUUUCAUCCGCCGUCGAUGCUGACGAACUACGCUGGCCACCCGGACCCAAGCAGCACCCUGGGCCUCAACGCGCUCAUCCACGCGUCGAUGAAGGACGUGGAUAUCGAGCUGAAGCAGCUCAUCCUUAACAAUGUGGUCAUCACGGGCGCGGGCUCCCUCGUAUAUGGAUUCACGGACCGCGUUAAUGCGGAGAUUGCGGCUGCGUUUCCGGGCCCGAGGGUCAGGGUUAUGGCGGCGGGGAAUAGCGUGGAGAGGCGCUAUGCGGGCUGGUUGGGGGGCAGUAUUUUGGCCAGCUUGGGCGCGUUUCAUCAGUUGUGGAUUAGUAGGAAGGAGUAUGAUGAGCAUGGCGCGGGGAUUGUGGAGAAGAGGUGUAAGUGA